UACAUUAGAUGCUUCCACUUCACUCCUUCACCUUCCCACCCUUUUCAUCUUCUUUUAUGUUAAAAAGAAAUAUACCCACCACCUACUUAACUCAAGAGGUGCCUGCAAUUGCAAUACAGAAACAAAUAAAAUCACAUUAUUAAGUUUUUACCAACUACAGUACGAAUUUCAUAUACACAGAAAUUCCCCAGAUCUUGUUAGCUUGAAAGCUCGCAAAUUAUGGCGUCUAAGCUUGUUAUCAUUGCUGUUAUUGUCCUGGAUAUCAUUGCUUUCGGCCUCGCUGUUGCCGCUGAACAAAGACGAAGCACUGCCCAUAUUGUAACAGACCCAGACGCAGACUACAAGUACUGUCAGUAUGAUUCAGACAUUGCCACAGGAUAUGGAGUUGGUGCAUUUUUAUGCCUUCUGGCUAGCCAAGCGGUUGUUAUGGCAGUAAGCCGAUGCUUCUGCUGUGGUCCGGCUCUCGUUCCUGGAGGAUCAAGGGCUUGUGCUAUCAUUCUUUUCAUUGUCUGCUGGCUGACAUUCUUCAUCGCGGAGAUAUGCUUAUUGGCGGGCUCUACAAGGAACGCCUACCACACAAAAUACAGGGCCUUCUAUGAAGACCGUGCCCCAUCUUGUGAAACUUUAAGGAAAGGUGUCUUUGCAGCUGGAGCUGCUUUCACUUUCUUCAGUGCCAUUGUCUCUAAUUUCUACUAUGUUUUCUACUCAAAGGCAAGGGAUACCUUCCGACCAUGAGCUGCAGUACAUAGAUCAAUAUAGGGCCUCCAAUACCAUGAAAAACAUACUACGAUGUUUUGGAGUCUUCAUGAGCUCACAGAAGACUUUUUUUUUUUUUUUAGCCAUUAGUCCUUAUUUAGGAAGCCUUUGGAGGAGCAUAUGUCAUGUGUUCGUUGUCGUGCAUGCGCUGGUUGUUUGCUUGUUAUCUUAGAUUCUUGUUGGUUUGUAAGAAAUUAAGAAACAAAUAGACGGUCUCUCAUAUCAUUGUAUUGUAAUGUCCCGAUUCUUUGGUUAGUGUGACUUGAAUAAUUCCUACUUGUAUAAUCUUCGGCAACAUCAACAACGCCUUAAGUUAUAUGUGAUUUCAGUUUUUCA